UGGCCGGUGGACAAAGAGCCGCCCUCAGUGGUCGAGUCCCUGUGGAACGGACCGGUCGCUGGUUUUACUGCAGCCGCUGGUUUGGUGGUUUUGUGGUUUUCAGGGAGACGACAUGAAGUUGUGUCUGGUCCUGGUCCUGCUGCUCUGCUCCGGGACGCUGCACACGGGUUGUGCUCUUCGCUGUUAUAAAUGUUCCGACUACACCGGGAUGUGUCAGAACGUCCAGGAGUGCACGUUUGAAGACGCCUGCAUCUCCCUGAGUGAGCGAGGAGGUAAAACCAUCCGUCAGUGCCUCCGUUACACCGACUGUGAUAACUCGCGUCUCACCCAGAUGUUCCCGGCCAUCUCCGGCUUCACGUAUCGAUGCUGCAGCAGCAACCUGUGCAACUCAGGCAACGCCGUCGCCAUGGCGACGCCCAUCCUGGCUCUGAUUGGCUCCCUGCUCUACAGCCUCUCAGUGUUUUAACGUGAACUUUAAAAACUCACGUGUUUCCCUGUUUGAUCCUUUAACAAUAAACUCGAACCAACGUC